AUGUCACGAACCUUUAAUCCUUCGAAUUUAAAGGCGUUCUUCACCUCGCUUAAUAAUCUUCACAUGAUCAACAAUUUAGACCUCAUCAAGAAUCACAAAUCAAUUAAUGAUCUAAUUACUUAUGAAACUAAUACAGGAAGCUCUACAAUAGAUCACAUUUUUAUGCACUCCUCAUUAAUCCCAGAUCUUAUUGAUCAAGUAGUAACAAAAGUUGACAACGAUUUGUCAGAUCAUGCUUUUUCUAUCGAUAUGACGAGAUGUCUGAUGACGACUGGUCGACUUUUGAAAUCUCAGUCAAUAAACGAUGCAAAAACACAAAACUCAACAAAAUACGCUGCUACUAAAACAAUCCUUAACAAAUAUACCUCACAUCACAACUGA